AUGGGCGAUGAGGCGGAUAGCAAGAUCACGCGGGCGGCCGACCGUGAAGGCUCGAUCCGGGAGGGCUCCACGGACGGGAACGAGGUUGGGAAUGAUGGAAAGAUCGACGCCUACGGCGACGAGGUGCACGUGGUCGACCACGAGGCGGAGCGACGAUUGUGUCGCAAGCUGGACUUCCGACUCAUGCCUGUGCUUGCCGUCAUGUACCUGUUCAACGCCCUCGACAAGGGAAACAUCGGAAACGCCGAGACCGACGGCAUGAGCACUAAUCUCGGCUUCAAAGACGGGCAGUACAAUCUCAUCGUCAGCAUCUUCUUCGUGCCGUACGUCGUCGCCGCCCCGUUCGUCGCCUUCGUCGGCAAGAGGUUCGGCCCGGCGGUCAUCCUCCCGAUUCUCAUGUUCACCUUUGGAAGCAUGACGCUGCUCAUGGCGGCUGUGCAGAACUUUGGCGGCGUCCUGGCGUUGCGAUGGAUCUUGGGCAUGAGCGAGAGCGGCUUCUUCCCCCUGGUUAUUUACUACCUGACGACGUUCUACCGCCGCGGUGAGCUCGCAAGACGAUUGGCUAUUUUCUAUGCCGCGUCGAACAUUGCCAAUGCAUUCUCGGGACUCCUUGCCUUUGGUGUCUUUCACAUUAAGAGCACGAGCCUGUACCCCUGGCGCUGGCUGUUCAUCGUGGAGGGAACCGCCAGCGUUCUCUUCUCGAUCUUCGCCUUCUGGUAUUUGCCGCGGAGUGCCGCAGAGGCCAAGUUUCUCAACACCGAAGAAAAGCAACUCGCUUUCCACCGCAUCCGAGUCGACAGUUCUUCGGUUGUUGGUGAGAAGAUGAGCAUCAAGGAGAGUGCAAAGGUCUUCAAGCACCCCAGUACUUUCGGCUUCCUUCUCAUUGAGAUCUGCCUUGGUGUUCCUCUCCAAAGUGUCAACCUCUUCAUGCCCCAGAUCAUCCAGCGUCUGGGCUACAGCACCGUCAAGACCAAUCUCUACACCGUCGCGCCGAAUGUCACCGGAGCUUGCAUGCUUCUCAUUCUGGCUUUCCUCUCCGAUUGGCGCCGCCUUCGCUUCCCAUUCAUCGCACUGGGUUUCUCUCUGACCUUCAUCGGCUUCAUCAUCUACGCCGCGAUCGAUGAUGUUGAGAGGCAGAUCAAGCUGGCCUACUACGCAUGUUUCAUGAUGACGUGGGGAACUUCAGCCCCCAGUGUCCUGCUGUCAACGUGGUACAACAACAACGUGGUGAACGAGAACCAGCGUACGUCAUCCAUCAGCUACAUUUACUCGCCAAGAACUGACUUGAAAAUCCCAGGUGUAUUCUUGACCUCGAUUGGUGUUCCGUUGGCAAACCUCAUGGGUCUCGUUAGCAGCAACAUCUUCCGCAAGCCCGAUGCGCCAAAAUACGCACCUGCACUGAUCACGACAGCCUCAUUUGGUGGCACCGGUAUUCUUUGUGCCCUGUCGCUAGGUUGCUUCAUGAUUUGGGAUAACAAGAGGAGGAACAGGGCGCAGGGUGUCAACCUGACUGCUAGUGAUGUGCCGACAUCCAAGCUGAACGAUGGGCCUAAGAGCCCCGACUUCAGGUGGUUCCUAUAG